AUUCUUUCAAUCUAACUCAAUAAUCGGUCAGCUGUUUCAUACCAAUUCUUAUUCCCAUUACCAUCCCACCUCCUUCUUCAACCCCCCUUCUUAACCUUAUCCUGCUCAAACUUCAAACAUGACAACUCUCAUCUUUCAAUAAUUCUUGGAGUAUAAUCCAAUUGACCAAUUCUCACCCUUCCCCCCCCCCCCCCCCCUCAUUUCACCAAAACCCCAUUUCAAGUUGCUAAUCAAAGCAAGAUUUCAAGAUCUGUUUAGAUUCAAGGUAGGCCCUUGUGACCCUUUUCAGUUUCUGUCAUAAUAUACAGUUUUGAGUUGUUGUUGACCUUAAAGUUGUUAAAUUUAUGAUACCCACUUGAAUCUUUACACUGUUGGAACAUCUAAGGGCACAAAAAGGUUAGAUUUUUGGAAUAUUUUUGAAAGAUUUUUGAAAGAUCUUUGAGUUUGAUCAUAUGGGUAAUUGUUGUGCUACACCCUCCACCUCUGAUUCAGAGAACAAAAAGGGGAAAAAUAAGCCAAACCCAUUUUCUGGAGAGUAUGUUGCCCCUAAGAAUACUGGAUACAAGUCAUAUGUGUUGGAGAAUCCAACUGGGCAUGAAAUUGGGCAAACAUAUGUGCUUGGUAAGGAGAUGGGUAGAGGGGAAUUUGGGAUUACAUAUAUGUGUACCGAUAAAGUUAGCGGUGAGGUUUUUGCGUGUAAAUCGAUAUCGAAAAAGAAGUUGAGGACUAGGGUUGAUAUUGAGGAUGUGAGGAGAGAGGUUGAGAUUAUGAAGCAUUUGCCACCUCAUCCGAAUAUCGUGAGCUUGAAGGAUACUUAUGAAGAUGAUGGUGCGGUUCAUUUGGUUAUGGAGUUGUGUGAGGGUGGCGAGUUGUUUGAUCGGAUCGUUGCUAGGGGGCAUUACACUGAGCGCGCGGCUGCUGGUGUCACUCGCACCAUUGUUGAAGUCAUUCAGAUGUGCCACAAAAAUGGUGUUAUACAUCGGGAUCUGAAACCCGAAAACUUUUUGUUUGCGAACAAGAAAGAAACAUCGGCGUUAAAGGUUAUUGAUUUUGGCUUAUCAGUUAUCUUCAAACCAGGUGAAAGAUUUGAUGAGAUUGUAGGCAGUCCAUACUACAUGGCUCCAGAAGUCUUAAAACGAAACUAUGGUCCCGAAGUAGAUGUAUGGAGUGCCGGUGUUAUCUUAUACAUUUUGCUUUGCGGUGUCCCGCCAUUUUGGGCGGAAACCGAACAAGGAGUUGCACAAGCGAUCCUUAGAUCGGUUGUAAAUUUCAAAAGGGAUCCAUGGCCUAAGGUAUCAGAUAAUGCAAUAGACCUUGUUAAGAAGAUGCUUAAUCCUGACCCGAGUGCUCGUCUUACUGCACAAGAAGUUUUAGAUCAUCCAUGGAUACAAAACGCCAAAAAGGCGCCAAACGUUUCUUUAGGUGAGAAUGUUAAAGCAAGAUUGAAGCAAUUCUCGUUCAUGAACAAGCUCAAAAAACGAGCAUUACAGGUAAUCGCUGAGCAUUUAUCUGUUGAAGAAUCGGCGGGAAUAAAACAAGGGUUUGAUUUAAUGGAUGUCAACAAACAAGGGAAGAUAAACAUUGUCGAAUUAAAAGCCGGUUUGCAGAAGCUCGGUCAUCAUAUUCCCGAUGCAGAUCUUCAAAUUCUUAUGGAGGCUGGUGAUGUGGACAAAGAUGGAUACUUGAACUACGCAGAAUUUGUUGCGAUCUCUGUUCACUUGAGAAAGAUAGGGAAUGAUGAUCAUCUAAAAGACGCUUUUGAAUUUUUCGAUAUUAAUAAGAACGGAUACAUUGAGGUUGAAGAGCUUAGGGAAACCUUAGCGGAUGAAAUCGAAUCUGAUAGUGAAGAAGUCAUUGCUGCCAUUAUUCGAGAUGUCGACACAGACAAGGAUGGACGUAUAAGCUAUGAGGAAUUCGAAGCAAUGAUGAAGGCGGGAACAGAUUGGAGGAAAGCUUCUAGGCAAUAUUCGAGAGAGCGGUACAAUAAUCUGAGUCUGAAAUUGUUCAAAGACGGUUCAUUGAAUGUAGCCAACGAGGGACAAUAGGUACGGGUUUAAUCAAGAUUCAGUUUGUUAAUAUGAAAAGUUCUUUUUCUUCUUCUUGUUGUGCCUAUGCUUUAACAUGUAAUAUUUGUGUUUUGAGAUAUGGGUUGUGAAAAAUCCAGCUAAAUGGGUAUGGGUUUCCUUUUAGGAUAUGAGAUAUUGAGAUCUUUUGUUGUGGUUGUAAUGUAUUCAAAUGGUUUGUUUGGUUGAACAUUUGAAAUGCACAUAAAAUGGGUAUUCAUCAUUUAUUUAA